CAAGGAUAUCAGAUGGAUUCUGUGAAAUUCUCCUGUUCGAUCUGCUUGGAUCUCCUGAAAUACCCGGUAACUAUCCCCUGUGGACACAACUACUGCACAAACUGUAUUGGAGGCUUUUGGGAUGGUAAAGAGAAAGAUAAAGGGAUCUACAGCUGCCCUCAGUGCAGACAGACGUUCACACCGAGGCCUGUUUUAGUGAAAAACACCAUGUUGGCAGAAUUAAUGGAGGAUCUGAAGAAGACUGGACUCCAAGCUGCUGCAGCUGAUCACUGCUAUGCUGGACCUGAAGAUGUGGCCUGUGAUGUCUGCACUGGGAGGAAGAUGAAAGCUGUUAAGUCAUGUCUGGUCUGUUUAGUUUCUUAUUGUGAGAAUCACCUCCAGCCUCACUAUGAUGUCUCUGGAUUGAAGAAGCAUAAGCUGGUGGACCCCUCUAAGAAGCUUGAGGAGAUCAUCUGCUCUCUUCAUGAUGAGGUGAUGAAGAUCUUCUGUCGUACUGAUCAGCAGUGUAUCUGUUAUCUCUGCACAAUGGAUGAACAUAAAGGCCAUGAAACAGUCCGAGCUGCAGCAGAAAGGACUGAGAAGCAGAAGGAGCUCCAGGAGAGACGACAACAAAUCCAGCAGAGAAUCCAGGACCAGGAGAAAGAUGUGAAGCUGCUUCAACAGGAGGUGGAGGCCAUCAAUGGCUCUGCUGAUACAGCAGUGGAGGACAAUGAGAAGAUCUUCACUGAUCUGAUCCAUCAGAUCCAGAAAAGAAGCUCUGAUGUGAAGCAGCAGAUCAGAUCCCAGCAGGAAACUAAAGUGAGUCGAGUCAAAGAGCUUCAGGAGAAGCUGGAGCAGGAGAUCACUGAGCUGAAGAGGAAAGAUGCUGAGCUGGAGAAGCUCUCAAACACAGAGGAUCUGUACCAGUUUCUCCAGAACUACCUCUCACUGUCAGCACGCAGUGAGUCUACACACUCAUCCAGCAUCAAUAUUCGUCCUCUGAGAUACUUUGAGGAUGUGACAGCAGCUGUGUCAGAGCUCAGAGAGAAACUGCAGGGCAUCCUGAGAGACACAGGGACAAACAUCUCAGUGGCAAUAAAAGAAGUUGAGGUUUUAUUGUCAGGACCAGAACCAAAGACCAGAGGUGGAUUCUUAAAAUAUAUGUGUAAAAUCACUCUUGAUCCAAACACUGCAAACCGAUAUCUGGAGUUAUCUGAGGGUAAAAGAAAAGUAUCAAUGACCAACGAAAACCAGUGUUAUCCAGAUCAUGCAGACAGAUUCACUAGAAGAUGGCAGGUCCUGAGUAAACAACGUCUGAGUGGACGUUGUUACUGGGAGGUGGAGUGGAGUGGGAAAAAAAUUGAAGUAGCUGUUGCUUACAGGGAUAUAGAACGAACAGGGGACACAGAUGAAAGCGCAUUCGGUUUAAAUAAUAACUCUUGGGCACUGUGUUGCACACCAACAAAGUAUACGUUUUAUGGUAAAAAACAGAAGUUCGAUAUCGCUUUCAAAAGUCCAGUUUCCUCCAGAGUAGGGGUGUACUUGGAUCACAAAGCAGGUAUUCUGUCUUUCUACAAUGUCUCUGAGACCAUGCGUAACAUACUUAAAGCUACGACCUCAUUCACUGAGCCUCUACAUGUUGGGAUUUGGCUUUCACGUUCAACAGAAACAACUGCUGAGUUUAUCAAAUUAAAAUAAAGGAUAUUAAUUUCCAGGGUUGCUCUGUUUAUAGCUCUGUUUGUUUUCUAUAUUAAACAUGCAUAGAUACAUAGAUACAUGUCUAGGGAAAUCUUAAAAACUGACAAGUUCUUCAAGUAGUAAACUAGAAUAAUUAGGGAAGCUAUAAGCUACGGACAUAUUUUCCAAAUACCAUAAAGAAAGGUGACAAAAGUUGUAAUAUGUCAAUGAGUAAAUCUGUGAGCUCUAUAUUAUGUGACAUCUUUAAAUUAUAUGUAAAUUAUGUCUAAAUAAACUGCAUAGAAGUGCUCAUGUUUAUCAUAUAGGCUUUUGUUUGAUCUGUUUCUGGUUGUGUUCGCUUCCCACUGUUAGCUGGAGAUUUUUAAAUUGCUAAAUAAACAAGAUUUCGCAUUUCUGCUGUUACUAUUUUAAUUUACAUUAAU